GCCUGUUUCCCAUCAGCCAUGAUCAUUCCAGCUCAACCUCUCGCACAGACUUAACCCAGUGGCUGCAGUGGACAUCCAACUGCAAAAAGUUAGGUGUUAUGGAAAAGUGGGGUUUGCCAUGUUAAUAGCUGAGCCAUUAACUGAGGAGGGAAGAGACCUGCUGCAUUGGAAGAACACAGACUGACAUCACUCAGACUCCUGCUGUGACCUAUUGUAUCAGCCAUGGGGAAAGGCUACUACAUUAGUAAAAACUUGUGUCUGCUGGGGAUUAUCCUGACAGCUGUUGCUUUGGCAACCAUCAUAUCUCUGUCUGUCGUCUAUGACAAGGAAAAGGCUAGGAACCAAGGGAAGCCUGAAGCAAUGGGCAGUACCACCAUGCCUACCCAGCCCACCACCGCGUCCAUCCCUAAGGAGCCCUGGGAGCAUUAUAGACUUCGUGACUCUCUGGCUCCCAUCUCCUACAACGUGACCCUGUGGCCUCGGCUGGAGCCAAACAGAGAUGGCCUGUACAUCUUCACUGGACACUCGGCAGUGGUCUUCACCUGUGUGAAGGAAACUGACCUCAUCAUCAUCCACUCCAACAAGCUAAACUUAACCAAAUUCCAAGAUCAUCUCGCCAAGCUGAGUGGCCUGGAUGGAGCCACUGCACCCAGCAUACAGAAGUCUUGGCUUGUGGUGAAGACGGAGUAUCUGGUUCUUCAGCUGAAUGGUAGAUUAGCCACAGGAAGGUCCUACGUACUUUACACUGAAUUCCAGGGGGAGCUGGCAGACGACCUGGAAGGCUUCUAUAGGAGUGAAUAUAUUGAGGAUGGUGUAAAAAAAAUUGUUGCUACCUCACAGAUGCAGGCAACGUAUGCCAGGAAAGCCUUCCCCUGCUUCGACGAGCCAGCGAUGAAAGCUGUCUUCAACAUCAGCAUCAUCCACGACCCGGGCAUGGUGGCUCUGUCCAACAGCAGGGACAGCGAGGUCCUGGACUCUGUCAUCGAUGGCGUUGCCGUCAGAAAGACCACAUUUGAGCCCACAGAGAGAAUGUCCACAUACUUGCUGGCGUUCAUUGUUAGUGACUUCACGUACAUUCAAUCAGCCCAACACAAUAAUGUCUUGGUUCGAAUUUGGGCUCGUAGAAAAGCCAUUGACCAAGGACAGGGUGACUAUUCCCUAAACGUUACCGGACCCAUUCUUAAAUUCUAUGAGCGGUACUACAAUACGACAUAUCCCCUCUCCAAGUCAGAUCAGAUAGCACUUCCUGACUUCAAUGCCGGGGCGAUGGAGAACUGGGGCCUGGUCACAUACAGAGAGGCGGCCCUGCUGUACGACCCUCUCAUCUCUUCCACUGGAAACAAAGAGACAGUUGUCAGUAUCAUCGCUCACGAGCUUGCCCACAUGUGGUUUGGGAACCUGGUGACUCUGAGAUGGUGGAAUGACUUGUGGUUAAAUGAAGGCUUUGCCUCCUACGUGGAGUACCUUGGAGCUGACCACGCUGAGCCCUCCUGGAACAUUAAAGAGCAGAUUAUUCUCUACGAGGUCCACAAAGUGUUUGCCGUGGAUGCCCUGGCCUCCUCCCAUCCACUGUCCCGUCAAGAAGAGGAGGUUAAUGAUCCUGCUCAGAUCAGCGAGAUGUUCAACACCAUCUCCUACAGCAAGGGGGCGGCAGUUCUGAGGAUGCUGUCAGACUUUCUGACUGAACCUGUGUUUGCCAGAGGACUCAGUUCGUACCUGAAUACGUUUGCCUUCAGCAACACAGUGCAUACAGAUCUAUGGGACCAUCUCCAGCAGGCAGUAGCAAACACACCAGGUUUGGCUCUUCCUCACACUGUCCAUGACAUCAUGAGCCGUUGGACUCUUCAGAUGGGGUUCCCAAUAGUCACCAUCGACACCCGGACAGGAAUUAUCACCCAGAAGCAUUUCCUACUGGACCCAGAAUCUGUAGUGGACAGGCCCUCUCAGUUCAAUUACACGUGGUUUGUGCCAAUUAAAUGGAUGAAGAGAGGAGUGGAGCAGGAACAGUACUGGCUUCUUCGCAACACAGAUGUCCACAAUCCAAUGAGAGCAUCAGGAGAGGACUGGGUGCUAGCAAACACCAAUGUUUCAGGAUACUUCAGGGUGAACUAUGACCCUGACAACUGGGAGCGUGUCCUCAACUUGCUCAACACCAACCACCAGGCUAUACCAGUCAUCAACAGAGCACAAAUAAUGGAUGAUGCCUUCAACUUGGCCAGAGCCAAAGUGAUUAAUACCACAAUGGCCCUGAGAACCACAAAGUACCUGUUCAACGAGACAGACUACAUCCCUUGGGAGUCAGCACUGAAAAACUUCAACUACUACAUACUCAUGUUUGACCGCACAGAGGUGUAUGGCGCUUUACAGGCAUACCUCAAGAAACAAAUCCGACCUCUUUUUGAACACUUUAGGAUACUAACAGCCAAUUGGACUAAGGUACCGGCGAGACACAACGACCAAUAUAAUGUGAUCAAUGCUGUUUGGGGGGCCUGCAGUAUGGGUGUGGAGGGCUGCAGGGAGCUCACCAAAGGCUGGUUCAGACAGUGGAUGGAAAACCCAGGCCACAACCCGAUCCAUCCAAACCUGAAGAGCACGGUGUACUGCAAUGUCAUAGCUGCUGGCGGCGUGGAGGAAUGGGACUUUGCCUGGAGAAUGUUCAAGAAUGCCACUGUGGCAGCUGAAGCCUCCCGUCUUAGGUCAGCCAUGGCCUGCGCAAAAGCUCCCUGGCUUCUGAACAGGUAUUUGGAGUACACCCUGGACCCAACCAAGAUCCGGAGGCAGGAUGUCAUUUCGACCAUCCAGUCCGUUGCCGGGAACGUUGUGGGAAUGCCACUGGCCUGGGACUUUGUCAGAGCUAAAUGGAGCUACCUUUUUCAACAGUACGGAAAAGGAUCCUUUUCCUUCUCUAACCUUAUCAGUGGGAUCACAAGAAGAUUCUCCACAGAGUUUGAGCUACAGCAGCUAAAGAAAUUCAAAGAAGACAACGUCCAUGUUGGUUUUGGCUCAGCAACCUUGCCCCUGGAGCAGGCAAUAGAGAAGACCACAGCCAACAUCAAAUGGGUGACAGAGAACAAAGCCCACGUGCUCAAGUGGUUCACUGAGGAGUCCACAUGAGAACACAUUCAAGCCAAACUGUUCCUCUGCAUUGUCCAGUCAGGGAGCAGUAAUAAACGAGAAUGACUUUAAUCAGCAGGUGCAUGUCCAGCUCUCUGUCUUGGUGACACUUGUGCAGAGACAUAUCAACCACGGACACAGUAUCACAAAAUAACUAAAUACACAAAUAAAUAAAUCAUGGGACUUCAGCUUCAAUGAAAAGGUACAGCAUAAGACAUGUGAUGGUCAGCAGACUUCAGUUAUAUCCAGCAUCAUUGCUCUAGUAAGUAAAAAGGAGGGUUAACUAUGACCUCUAGUCAGCGAUCAUCAUAAACCAAAACACUAACAAUACGAACUAAAAUCAAUUAUACUUUCAGAGAAGCAUUAGUUUAUACCCUGCCCUUUUCCAGUUGAAAAAACCUUGCUUCAUAUUUACAUCAUUCAGUGGUACUUAACAGCGAUGUAUUCAAUAAAUGUUUGUCAGAAAUAUGAAGGACUGAUCCACCAUGCGCCAGAGCAGCUUCAGUGUGCCUUAGCAGUCAGUCUCCAAACGACUGACCUCUGUUUGAGCACGAUGGGAUCGUAACUGAUUACUGACCUUUCAUGCAAAUGAUGUACAUUCAGUUGUCACUUUCAACUGUCAUGUCAAAAUUGUCUGUGUGCGCGCGUGUGUACAUGUGUGCUCGUGUGUGUGUAUGUGUGUCUGGACAUGCAAAUGUGCAUUUAAUGCAUAUUUGUCUUUCCUCAGCAGAUGCCCAGUGUUGUCUAUAGCAGGUGUAUGGCUGCUACAGAUGUGAUAAAUGAAUAUUUCCUGUAACUCCUUCCACAUGUGAAGUCAGGAUAUUAUUCUUAACACUGGAUAUUUUUGCAAGGGGAGUGAUUUUGCCCCACAGCAGUACCAGAUUAUGAUACUGUAAAAGGAUUCUGCUUGAAUAAAAUGGUACUAUUUGAUUUUU